GAUUGAAAUCCAACUAUUGAAAUCAUAGAUUUUGAAAUUAAGGAAAUUAUUUAAUGUCAAACUCAUCAGCCGAACCGAUUUUUCUUUCGAAAAACAUUUUGUUAUUAAAAAAUAACCGCUUCCGUAUUUUUGAUUUGCAUUUUUGAUAUACUACAUUAGCAAAAUCACUUUGGUUAAUGUUUCAUAUGGAUUGUGAAAGAAAUAGGUUAACUUAAAUCUUAAAAGUAAUUGCUGGUCUAUUAUUUAAGAUAUUUGAGACUGAAAAGAAAACGGAACUCCACAUAGAACUGAAACUUCAUUAUAGUAUAAGGCUGUCAGUAAAAUUAGUGUAUGCAAUUUAUUUGUUGUGAAAACAGCCCGAAAUGGAAACCACAGAUAACGUAAUACAGAGAAUGGAGAAUGAUCUACUUUGUCCUAUAUGCCAGGACUAUUUCAAACAAGCUAUAACACUCAAUUGCACCCAUUCCUUUUGCUACAAUUGUAUUAGCAACUGGCGAAAAACUAGGAAUGAAUGUCCAAUUUGCCGUCUACAUAUCGCUGGUUUAACUGCAAGUCUUGCUCUAGACAAUUUAGUAUCUGCUUAUACAAAUCAAGAGAAAGUUAAGACUCAGAUUAUUGUUGAAGAUAAUAUUAGUAGGUCUGAUGGGUGGAAUUCCAAUGGAGAAGUAAGUUAUCAUAAUGGGAACAGGAAUCCAAUGGAUACUGAAGGCUUUGAAGGUGAAUUUGAAGAAGAAGAAGAAAGUGAUUCUGAACUUGCUGGAACUGAUAGUGACUUUGAUGGAGAUAUGGAAGAAGAAAGUAUAAUAGAUAUUACAGAAAACAGUGAUUUAGGAUCAGAUAAUAUUUCUUCAGAAGAGGAAGAGGAAGAAGAUAUCUUCAAUUCAUUUGAAUCAUUUUCUGAUAUAAACAGCAGCAAAAGUAGCAGUGGUAGUGGUACCAAUUCUGAUUCGUUAGAGAUACGUUUGUCAUAUAAUUACGGUGAUGGGGAUGUUGAAGAAGAGGAAGAUGAUGAGGAUGAUGAUGCUUAUGAUCUUGAUGUCGUCUCUGAUGACUCCAUAUAGUGUAAAAGAAAUGUUGUUGCUGAGCAUUGGGUUGUAUUUCAAUGUUUGGUAUCUAAUUAUAUCAUAUAUGUAGAUGUUAUUUGUGCUGUUUGCUUUAAAACAGUAAUAAAGGCUGUAAAUCAUUGAUAUUUCGUUAAAUACCAUUAAAAGUCUAUUA